CAUUAUUUCGCUACUCUCUCUCUCACUCACCAGAGCACAGACAAACAACACCGAACCCAACUUCAUGGUGUUUUAGAGCGAGAAAGUAGAGAGAGAGAAGGGAUUUUUGGGGUUCAAUUUCUUCCAAAAAUCUGUUAUCAGGAAGAAGAAGAAGAAGACGAAAUUGGUCUGUUGUUUUUGAUUAAUCAAUCCAUGAAAGAAAUGCAUGGUUGUUGUAUCUGCUUUAAUGCUCACCGUACAAGUAGAUGCAUUGUAUCCAGCAGAUGAAGCUAGUGAAUUCCUCGUGGAACCCUAAUAUACUGACCUCCAAAAGGUCUUACCAGAAUCUGCUGUUGGGGAUCUUUGUAUUCAGCUCCAAUUCUUGAAGAUCCUUUGAAGCUUCUAUAAAAGAAAUAAUUGAACCAAGGGAACUGUUCAAUUGUUUGAGAAUCUGUAUUUUUUUUUGAAAAAGGUGUAUUUUGUUGGAAACAAAUUAUGAAAUAACAGCAAAAUAGGUCUAUUUGAGAUGGGUUUUAUUGAUCUGAUAAAGUUAACAAGUCAAGAAAUAUAGGGUUUUGGGAAUUAGUUUUUGGAGGUUGAAGAAUGGCGGCGGCAUGGGAUCACUUUGGGGAGAUUGCAAAUGUGGCCCAGUUAACAGGGCUGGAUGCAGUGAGGCUAAUAGGGAUGAUUGUGCAAGCUGCUAGUACAGCCCGUUUGCACAAGAAGAACUGCAAGCAAUUUGCAAUGCAUUUGAAGUUGAUUGGAAAUCUUUUACAGCAGCUUAAAAUUAGUGAGCUUAAAAGGUAUCCAGAGACACGUGAGCCUUUGGAGCAACUCGAGGAUGCAUUGAGGAGGUCUUACAUUUUGGUCAAUAGUUGUCAAGAUCGGAGCUACCUGUACUUGCUUGCCAUGGGAUGGAACAUUGUUUAUCAAUUCAGGAAGGCGCAAAACGAGAUAGAUCGCUACUUGAAGAUUAUCCCACUCAUCACUCUUGUGGAUAAUGCUCGAGUCAGGGAAAGAUUGGAAUAUAUUGAUAGGGACCAGCGCGAAUACACAUUGGAUGACGAAGAUAGAAAGGUGCAAGAUGUUAUUAUGAAGCCUGACCCCUCACAUGCUGAUGCUGCUGUUUUGAAGAAAACGCUUUCGUGUAGCUACCCAAACUUACCUUUCAAGGAGGUUAUUCAAAAAGAAAAUGAAAAGCUUCAUUUGGAACUACAACGAUCACAAGCUAAUUUGGAUGUAGGACAAUGUGAAGUAAUUCAACAUCUGCUUGAGGUCACUGAAGUUGUUGCUUCAAAAUCUCAACAUGAACAGGAUUCACCAAAGAAGAUUUCCAAGAAGACAGAGCCUCACUAUGUAGAUUUCAGCAGCAAUAAAGAAGUUCAAGAUGAGAGCAUUACAGAUAAGAAGGCGCAAUCGACCUCAAGAAGCAUGUCUUCCGCUUCAUAUGGACAAGAUUUUUCCUCUACUCGAGGAUCUUAUGGGAAUGACGAAUGGCAUUCAGAUCUACUUGGCUGUUGUGCAGAGCCUAAGAUGUGCAUAAAGACCUUCUUCUUUCCUUGUGGCACAUUUUCAAAGAUUGCGACUGUGGCAACAAACAGACACAUGACUUCAGGAGAGGCCUGCAAUGAGCUUAUGGCUUAUUCCUUAAUAUUAUCGUGCUGUUGCUAUACUUGCUGUGUUAGGAGGAAGCUUCGGAAGACUCUGAAUAUCACGGGUGGGUGGUGUGAUGACUUUCUGUCGCAUGUCAUGUGCUGCUGCUGUGCGCUUGUCCAAGAACUGCGAGAAGUCGAGAUGCGUGGAAUUCAUGUUGCAGGUCCUGGACCUGAGAAGACAAAAACAAGCCCUCCAUCCUGUCAAUACAUGGAAUCUUAAAGGUGAUUAUACAUACAGACAGCUCUUGUGUUUGAAGACCAAAAAAAAAGGAGCUUAAAUUAUAUAAGCUUAUUUAUUUUAUUGCCAUCUCUGCCUUUCUUUUUUCUUGUGUCUGUAAAGUUGUUUGAUAGAUUCAGUGUAUAACAUUACCCAUUACAUAUUGUUUUAUGUUUCUUUCCUUGUACCAUUAUCCAUGUCAUUCCUCUUCUUUACCAUCUAUAUAGCAUUUGCAGUUUACUA